UAUUCCUGAAAUAAAGCCAUGUAGCCAGUGAUUUUCAUGUGAAGGGAGUUUGUUUCGAUUUGGUUGUGGUAAAAUUUUCAAAAUUUCAGAAUGUUCCGGAUUAGCUGCUCCACUUUGGCAUGGGCAAUGCGACCAAGCAAGUCCCUAUCCGCGAAUCCCUACUUUGUUUUCCUAGAUCACUUCCGGAUUAAUCUUCAAAAGCGGGGCAUUUACCAACUGAAUCCGAUUUCUGUGGCCAAAAUAGCCGGCAGAAAAUGGCGAGAAAUGACUGUCGCCCAGAAAUCUGUUUUUGUGCAGAUAGCCGAGAUAAAUCGAGCCAGGACUAAGGGCCGUGGACGCCCCAGUGUUCCAGUUGGAGGAGUAAGGCGCUGUCGAAUUAAAAGAGUCUAUAGGGAUAGUUCGUUUUAG